AUGUUGCAAGGAGCAUGUGCAGUUUAGUGCUGCUCACUGCACUGAUUCUGUGGCAGCUGAGAGACCAGGGGUGGAUCUAUACACCAGGAAACUCUGUGGUGUAUUGGGAGGGAAGCCAUUUUGAAAGAUGGCUGCCAUAGAUGCCUUACCUGAACAGCUGCUGCUCAAAAUCCUGUCCUAUGUCCCUCCGAAAGAGUUGGUUUACAUCUGUAGACUCGUCUGCCCCCAGUGGAAGGAGCUUGUGGAUGCACUAAACCCGCAGUCUUACGAUGAAGGCUUGCCAAAGGCCACUCACACUAUAAGAGCAGAAGACUGGGAUGCAUUUUAUUUUUGCACGUCUGCGAAAAACAAUCUAAUCAAGAAUCCAUGUGGUGAAGAGGAAUUCAACUUCUGGGAACUUACAGAUAAUGAUGGGAAUGGCUGGAAAGUGGAAGAUCUUCCUGGCGACAGUGGAAAACCCUUCCCUGAUCAAAGCAUCCAAAAAUAUUUUGUUACAUCUUUUGAAUGGUGUCGAAAAACUCAACUAAUCAAUCUGCUCUCAGAAGGAUUUGAUGCUGAGAUACUGGACAAUCUUCAACCUACCAUCAAUGUUAAGGACUGGUAUGCAGGGAGGCACGACUCCGGGUUUUUCUAUGAUCUACAUGUCGAACUUCUGUCUGAAGACAUGAGUGUACUCCAAGAAUACAAGUCUGAUGAGAUUCAGGUCCCACAGUGGAGUGAUGCAGAAUGGAAAGAGAUAUCCAACACUUUCACCAGCUAUGGGCCCGGUAUCCGCUACGUGAAGUUUACCCAUGGAGGAAAGGACUCUCAGUUUUGGGGAGGAUGGUACGGAGCCAGAAUCACCAACAGCACCGUCACUGUGGAGCAAUAACCCGGCUCCAAGCCGUUCACCCGAUGCUUUCGCUGCCAACUUUACGCCAUUUUUAUUUCUACUGACACGCCUGCAUUUCGCCAGCAGAUCUCAGCAGUUUGUGUCGCUGAACACAGACAAAUGUGAGGCGUGAGGGUGCGGGGGGAAGAUGCUGUUUAUUUUAUUGAUGCUGGUCAUGCCAAAAGAUACCCGCUGUGGUGGGCACUUACUCGAGGAAUUGUAAUGUCAGGAUCUAAGUUGGACACUGUGCCCUCUGCCAUCCGGUUCCACUAACGAAAGAGAGCGUAGUGUCCUGUCUCAUGCCAAUUGGAAAAUGGAUUUUGUGGCAAAUUUAAUCUUAACCUGACCAAAGAUUUCACAUUCAACACCACACGAUCUUGCUGUAUCGAUAUUCAGAGUACGGAACGUACUGACAAAUCAGGGAGAUAUUAUUCUGCAGCUUUAAGUCUGAACCAAUCCAUACUUCUCACAUACUUUGAUUUGAUUUGAUUCAACUUUAUUGUCAUUGCACCAAUACGAGUACAGGUACAACAAAAUGCAGUUUAGCGUCUGGUCAGAGAGCAAGAUAGUAGAAAUAAAAAUACUGGUUAAACAAUAUGUGCAAUGUGGAUGAAUUAAACUGGUACAUCGGCAAAUAAAUGUAUACAGAUAGGAGAGUGUAAAAGAUAGCCAGCGUCGGAACUGUGAGUUCAGCAGUGUAAUGGUGUUAUUGAAAAAGCUGUUCCUCAGCCUGCUUGUGCGAGACCUGAGGCUCCUGUACCACCUCCCUGAUGGGAGGAGGGCAAAUAGUCCAUGGUUAGGGGCACCGAUGAUGUGCUGAGCGGUUUUCACCACUGUUAUGUACAUCUCUGCUAUUUUAAUUGAGCCGGUUGCUGGAUGUUUAAGACUGACCAACGUCGGUCCAUCACAGUUGACCAGUGCAGCGGUGCUUCCAAACUCCAUCAAAAUAAUGGUUUGAGCUAAGAUACAUAUUGAUUAUGACACGCAUACUUGAUUUUACAAUUAAUCUCAUUUAAUACUUUAAACAAUUUUGAUUAUUGUGUUUUUUUGGGGGGGGGGGAGUGAACAAAGACCUAAAAGAAUAAUCACCCCUGAAGCCUUAUGUGGAAUAUCACUUUUAUCUUGAUCGCCUCUAUUAUUGCUCUGCAAGUGACAACAAACAUAAGCAAUGCAGUGUUUAUAUUUUCAUUCAUUUUGCUUUACGGGCUCCUCUCCUGACAUUCGGUAUGUGGGUUAGAGCAGUCCCCAAGCAUCCAUGGAAUGCAUGGCUCAGUGGUGUGGCUCUGUUGAAACACCGCCGUGGGUAAAAGCACAGGCGAAAGCGGGGAAAGAAACAAAAAUGUACUCAUGGUUACUUGUAAGGAAAUGGAGACCUGGUCGAGGAAAUAAUGAAGGCAAGCCUGGAACAAAGUGGUUAUGCUUUACACAGAAAGUUAAUGUGCCUCAAGUGAUUAUUUUGUAAAUAACUAAAAAUGCCUGAUUUUGCCAAAUACUGUACUAAUAAUGACUGAAUAUGACCCAGAAUUGAUGAAAAUAAACAUCAUAAGAUACAAACCCUGACGUGCUUUAAAUCGCGAAUGCUUACUUUACUGAUUAUUUGGCUCCACACAGAGCGUGCAAAGAUCAUUCUCCAAGGUAUCACAUUCCUUACUCAAGCCGAAUUCAUCACAGUGGCAGAACAUAGCGCCUAUCUGUGCCAUUGCACUGACCUUUGCUGUUUCAGCUAUUUAUGAUCUAUAUAUUUAUGACUAGAUGACAGGCCAAAGUAUUAUAUAUCCAAGGAAACCUAUGAUACAAAAUUAUAUACAAAGGUAGGUCUUAAAGAGGACACAAGGUCUUGGUGAAGCAGACAGGUUGCAUAGAAACAUAGAAAAUAGGUGCAGGAGUAGGCCAUUCAGCCCAUCGAGCCAGCCUCGCCAUUCACUAUGAUCGUGGCUGGUCAUCCUAAAUAAAUAUCCCGUUCCUGCUUUAUCCCCAUAUCCCUUGAUUCCGUUAGCCCUAAGAGUUAUACCUAACUCUCUCUUGAAAACAUCCAGUGAUUUGGCCUCCACUGCCUUCUGUGACAGAGAACUGCACAGAUUCACAAAUCUCUAGGUAAUAAAGUUUUUCCUCAUCUCAUUCCUAAAUGGCCUACCCCUUAUUCUUAAACUGUGACCCCCGGUCUGGACUCCCCCAACAUCGGGAACAAUUUUAACUGCACCUUGGUUAAUGGAAUUGAGAAAUGUUUGGUAAAUGUGGUACAUUGAGCAGCAAUGUGAGGCUAUUAGUUGGGUAACCUUGUACAAGAGGGAUCUUGGGGUUCGUAUCCAUAGCUCCACGAAAAUGGCAACACAUGUACAUAGAGUGGUAAAGAUGGUG